AUGAAGGCCGUACUGCAAACGAGCCAUGUCAGGAGUCUUUGGCUAAUCACAAUAAUACUCAUCAAAGCCGUCCGCUGUCAGGAUGGAUUUAGCGAUCGAGACCUCCUGCGUCUCCAGCAGAUCGCCAACCAAGAAGGGCCCGUCGAGACCAUCACCAGCUACAGUACCAAUAUCAUACAGAGAGAUCCGAGCAGUCAAUCUAUCAGUUCGGUGAGUGUACAGUACCAUAUGACAGAUGAUGCAGAAAAGAACGAGGAAUAUAAUCGAGCAGAUCGCGGGCGAUCCCGAAAAGUGUACCGGAUAAAAAAUCCUUUUCAACGACAAUUGGAAGACGAGGGAAGACAACAAGAAAGUCAACCUAGUCCUCAAGACAGCGACGGUGGGGCUAGUAACCAGUAUGCGGCCAUGCAGUAUUCCUUACCGCCGGAAGAUUUCCUGCGCCAAAUGAGGGCAGAGAACCAGUACUACCAACAACAACAGCAGCCUCAGGUGUCAACUCAAGCUCCCAACUUGGGUUACACCGCCACACCGCAACCGCAAUAUCAAUACUCGACUAUAGCAGCGUCGGGUUACGAGAACAACCCACAACCUAAUCAAAUGCCACAACUUGAACCUAAAGUAUCACAGGCACAAGAUUAUCGGUCAAUUGCAAAUUCAUAUCAAUAUAACAGCCCUAACUCCUACGUGGAAAGUGUUCAAAGUACUCCAUCACCUGUUCCACCAUACGUAUCCACAUCUAAUAAUCAGUAUGUGGGUACACCAGCCAACACGUACGUGUCUAGUUCUUCUCCCAUUUAUCUUUCUAGUCCAGCAAACGUGCAAUUUAUUUCGUCGUCCAUACCGUCGAUGCCAGCUGGAACACCAGAUUAUAAGAUAACAUCCACUUUAGGAAAUUCUUUAAACUAUGAUACAGCUGAAUUAAAUAAGAAAAUGCAAAUAGACCAUUAUGACAAUUCAAUUAACGGUAUCAGGUAUCCCAGUAAUAUUCAACAACAAUACCAAAGUGAAUAUCCUUCAUCGACUGCAUUGCCGACGACGACCCCUUAUCCCGAUCCAGUUCGUGACUCGUGGCAAAAUAAUAUUAAUUCAAACCCAUAUCCUAAAUCGAUUCAAGAGUAUCCACUAUAUCAGAGAUACUCAUACUAUAAGAAUCAACAAGAAUCUAGACCCGAACAAGUUCAAGAAAAUGUGAACAGUGACACCCAUCGUAUCGGAAACAUGCCCGCAGCAAAUAACGUUUAUUUAAACUACGCACCUCCAGAUUAUCAAGUGUUAUCGAAUAUAAGAACCCGAACAAGAGAUACAGAACAUGAAACAAGCCAACCAGAAUAUUACUCUCACGGUGAAUAUGGAUGGAAACUAAGCGAUAAAAAACCUUUAGUGAGUCAAUCAGGUUAUGCAUCAGCAAAUUAUCCAAGGUAUCAGCCCGUAAAUUCGCAACCUGAAAGUGUAGCUGUUAGUCAAAUGAGUUUCCAUAUGGAUACAGGUAAAACACAUAACUAUGAUCACAUUUCUAAGUCUAGCCCCGACACUGUAGAUGCUCAAGAAUUUGCAAAAGCAGCUGCAAAAGCGCAUGAAAAUUUAAAACGACAACAAUAUUAUAGUAGUGAAUACGCAUCAAGUUUUAAUACUAAUAAUCCUCCCGUUAGUAGCACAGCUGGAAAUAAUUAUUACAACAGUAACAUCGAAAAACAAAGACCUAAAAUUUAUUCUGACUCAUCAAGUACAAAUCCUUAUUAUUAUAACAAUCCUCAACAAGAUUUAAUUACAGCGGCUCCAUACUACUAUGCUAAUGCCAGAGAAAAUGCCGGUGAGGAGAAACCAAAACAGCCGUUUGACCAUGACAAAGCGUUAAAAAAUAUUGUCCCUAUAGAUGUUUCAAACGUUGUGCCAGAAAAUCAACAAAAAGUCCCACAAGGUUUAGAUAAUAGCUACCGGUAUACCCUCCAAAACUACAACAAAGAUCAACUUGAACAAAACUUAAAACAAAAUUUCAAGGCAAUUACAGACUCUUUUUAUCAAGACAAAAACGCCGUGUAUGGAAUAAAUAUCAAACCAAGACCCGAGGAAAAUUCACCUGCAGAAGGCCUUCAUAAAGUGUUAGAGCAAAAUCCACAGUACUUUACUAAGCAAUCUACUCAAGAACAAUACUACGGUCAAUCCCCUUACGAUAACAAGCGGUACGUGGACAGUUCAUCAUCAUCAGCAAAUUACAUAUCACAUCAAUCAAGCGGUUACUCAGAUAGCGUUCAAUCCCCUGCUAAUGUACAGCAACAAGGAUUACAACGCCCUCAAAGCCAAGUGCCAACUGAUAUCGCUAGUAUUUUAAAAUUAAAUGAUAUUCCAUAUAGAUUAACACAAAAUUUACCUCCAGAAACAUUCCGAUUAAAUAAUAACAACUAUGAACCAUCUGGUUUACCAACACCAUUACCGAUAAGACUAAAUCAAGACGUUGGAAGCCAUCAAAUAGAUGUGGCGUCUAGUAUCCUCAAUAAAUUGAUGUUAAACAAACAACCAUCUGUUAAUAUAAAUAGAGACAUCGACCCUAACGUAAUAUCUACAAUAAACGGAUUUAAGGUAGCAAACCCAUUUAAUGUUGAUCUUAGAUUGGUCGCUGAUAUGUUAAAAGGUAGACAGGCAGUCGAUGAAAGUCAAAUGAUAAACUUAAGAGAACAGUAUAGUAAGCCCACACCACUAAAAUUAGAUAUUUCACAGUUACAUCAACUUCUACUAAAAAAUGAUAAUAAUAUUAAUCUGGGUUCGCUAGAUGGUCUCAGUGGUUACAGUUCUCCAUAUAUGGAUGUUUAUAACGGAAGGUUUCCUUAUACAGGAGUGAAAUAUUCUCGUAGUCAAGAAGAGGAAGAAACUGUCAUACCCAUAGCGGAUUCAUCGAAUACUCAUCCAAUUGGGGCUGUUAUUGAUGAUGACACCGUAAAUGUUCGAGAAAUAAACGCGGCAGGAGAAUUGACGGCACAGGAUGAUGAUAGCGUUUCUGCUGUAGGUUUUGGAGAAGACAGACCAAAACAUAGUUAUGAUCCGGAGCACAGGCCUGAUAGACACAGGCGUCCAAAUUCAAUAAUGCCAGGCCGUCCUUCGUUUCCACGAAAAUAUCCUAAAGGCAACGUGGGAGAACCUUAUCCAUUAUUAAAACCUCCUCCGCAACACUUGUCUAAAAGUAGAAACCAUCACAGUAAACCCGACAAAUACGGCAGGAGACGUAGAGUAAGGAGACCAAAGUCCGUCCGGAUUUUGAAAACAGAGCCGUUGUUUGAAGCAGAUGCUGAUGAGAAUGAGGAAAGUGUUCCACUUUUACUAAGACCACCUCCUCAGAUCGUUGAAGCGAAGUCUGAUGUAAUUGAUAGUGAACCAAGUUCAUCAUAAAGCCUCUCUACCUAAUUAUACUAUUUAAACACUUCGUCUUGUAUUAAAAUCUCCUAUAUAUAGCAGUUAUAGACGAGUUAAAGCUUGUCAGCCUCCCAAUAAUAAUGUAUCGUGUUUUGUAAGUACUUGUAAUUCCGUCUAUAAAUAAGUCCUUUAUGUUAUUUAAAAUUCUCGUCUACUAUAAUUUCAAAUAGAAAUCUUGAUGUGCUAAAUUGUUAUGUUAUUGUUAAUUUUGUUGUUAUUUGGCAUUUAUUAGAUCGAUUGAGAGUAUAGUUUGGGUUCUGUACAUAGUUUUAAAAUG